GGAAAAAGAGCAGUUUCCGUUUUCUGUUUCUGUCUGAGCUGGCGGUGGGCUUGCAAGUCAACUAUGUACAAUAGCUGUGCAUCCUUGUUAAUUCAAUGGUCACACGUAGGGCCUUUAAGGUACUACUGAGCACCUGCAGUCGUUUCCAGUACUUCUGGGUCUAUUUGAUCCUUUGCAGUCUUGCAGCCUUGUCUUGUUCUCGCCUGAUGGGCGCCUUGUGAUCUUCAGGCAUGUUUUUCCUGCUUCUCCAGGCGUCUUAUAUGCUUCCCCCGGCAGCCAAUUUCUGAUAUCCCCCCAUCUUAAUUCUUCAAUUGGCCUUUGCAGCCUUGUCCAUACUCCUGUGGAACGCCCAAGAUGAACCGUUCCAUCUCUACUUGUGGCUCUAUGCUAGACCAGUCCUCCUUCAAUCGCGACCUCUACCACCACCUCCCGUCUAGCUCCAGCUCCAGGACGCCAGAGACUCCUCCGUCUAUCUUCGACAGCUGGUCUGAUUCCAGCUCAAGCAGCCCAGAUGCAAAGAUACCUUAUCAUCAGCAACAACAACCAUGGGGUGUCGAGCCAGCGAUGAGCUGCUCUCUGUUUUCUUCCCACCCGCAGUCACCAAUCGAGCCUCCAUCAGAUGGCCUCCCCCGUAUAAUCCCCAGUACGGGCGGCCACGUCCCUGAACUGUCUGGGCCACCGAUGGCCCCUGGAUAUUCUUCAUCGAGGCAAUUGAGGCCUGAGAUGCGGCGCCUCCCCGCUGGCAAGGAUAUGUCGAAUUGGGUACACGCUGAGUCCCCAGAGGUGCCUCCGUCAUUCUUCUCCUUGUACAAGGCUCCCUCAUACUCUGUUGGACCUAGUUUCACCCCGCACUCGCAAGCGCCUUCUCCGCCGGCGAAUCCUACGAUGACAACAGGGUUAUCGCCCACGUCGACCAGCGCUCCAUACCACGCGCUUCCAUUAGGCGUGUUGAGCCCACCGCCCAUCAAGCUUAAGGCGGAUCGCGAAGCCGCACCACCAGCGAAUCCGGAGGAAACGGAGGAGACCAGUGCAGAUCCUCCAUACUCGCAACUCAUCUUCGAUGCGCUCGAUGCUGCACCCGGGAAGAAACUGCCCCUUCAGGGUAUCUACCAAUGGUUUGAGAAGAACACGGCCAAGGGGAGGGAUCCGGGCUCGAAGGGUUGGCAAAACAGCAUCCGUCACAACUUGUCGAUGAAUGCCGUAAGUAUAAUUAUUUCUAUGAUUUCGGUGGCUCUGCUGACCCCGGAGAUAUGGCAGGGUUUCGAAGCUGUUCGAGAAGAUCCCGUCCCAGGGAAGAAGCCCGUCAACUAUUGGCGCUUGACGGAUGAUGCAGCAGAGAACGGCAUCCAAUCUACAACCCGGUAUAGAAAACAGACAAAUUACAAAAAGUCUGCGGUGUCAGAUCCUCCAGCCCCUCAGCGUCAGCGCUCUGGAGCCAAGGGGGGUAAAGCAACUAAAAUCACCGCGAAGUAUCGAGGCCUCGCCCACAACAUGAAUAACAUGAGCCUGGAGGAAUACCGGCGAGAACGCGCAUAUCGCCAACAGCAACAGUUUCACCAUCUUCGAAGUCUUCAAAACUACUCUCACCAACAACAAUUGCAACAACAGCGACGCCUUCCCAAAGACUUCCUGCACGCCCAGUAUCUCCACCCAACAUCACCCAUGACAGCAGCAACAGCAGCAACAACAGCAACAACAACCACUCCAGCAGCAGGAACGACGGUGUUGUCACCCGUCAAUGCAGGAGGAACGACGUCCACCACAGGCCGAAUGCCACGCCCCCCGGCCGUCCAGAGCUUUAAUCUAGGCAACUUUGUUGGCUGUGCUAACGCUGCCCCCUGCACGACCGUCGCCCCAACUCCUAUUUAUUGCGACAUGGCGGGGCCCAGCUCAGAUUGCCUCGUCUUUGAUACCGGGUUUAUGGGGAUGGGAGGCGUCCAUUCGCCCUUUUCUGUCUCCGAGAUCUCGGCGUCAGAUCUUCAGGUUGGGCUAUAACUUAUAAUAAAGUGUCCGCGUGGACGCAUCUACCCCCCUGCUCUUUUCUGCUCUGCGGAUUAUCUAUUCACCCAG